AAUAUAAUCGCAGAUCCGUUCGACUCUCGACUGUAUAUCUCGACAUCGUCUAAACUGUUUUCAGGUACAUACGUUGACUUGAAGUAUAAUCGAGUCUGAUAAGGUGUUUGCGAUGGGUUACAUAACACUUUCAUUGUCUCGUUGUACUGUCGAGCAGGCACAGUUAACGUUGCUGGUCAAAUAGCGUACCGCGCAAUACCGACUUCUGAACUUGACACUUCAUCUGAUGCGCAUUUAUCAAAGAUACAUGUAUUUAUGCGCUGCAUUAUGUAUCGGAAUGUACACCGCCCGAUCGAAAGAAAGUGAUCUUGAAUCUUGGAUCUAACAAUAAGAUCUUUGAUAAAUUUCCGGGCGCAAGAAGUCAUAUAGCAGCGCAUCAGCUUAAAUUACUUUGAAAAUGUAUUUCUUGUGACUGGGAGAUUUGUAUGUCAAGAAGAGAAUAAUCGUUAUUUCUCAUUCCUGAUAAUUCGAGCACAUAUUUAUUCAUCUUUUUAUGUAAUUAUGUGCUUGUAAACGCAAACUGUACGAUUUUCGAUAUUUGUUGUAUCGACAUUACAUAUUUCUAUUGUUAAUACGACAUGCAAGUUAUUUAUGCAAUAUAUGUUUACGUAACUAAGUUUGUUAAAGAUAAGGACACAUACCUCGGAACUGAUCAUGCACGCACGUACACAUGUACAUACGUAUACUUUUUCAGCGCGUUAACAUUUCUGUCAAACACAGACAGUUCAAGGAAGUCACAUUGCGAUUACUUAUAGCUUCAUAACAAUCAGCGAGAAUCAUACUCGUCAAGCAACUUCUCGCAAGCUCGAUUUUCGUCCGUUACUUUUCGAAACUGUAUCGGAAGUUAUUCCGAAAAGCGAACAAGUGCGAAAAUAUAUCACAUUGUUUGGUAUUCCUGUUUCAUUUCGUCUUAUCGAUCUUAAUGUCUUAUUUACGAAAACACAACAGUUUGGAGAAUCAAAUUUUAUUGCUUUCUUAUUUGAGGUAUAUCUUAGAUUUUGAUUCCCUUGUAAAGAAAUAUCUCUUUUUUUAACGGUUUCCAGAAGAUAUAGAAUUUCUCUAAGCAGCUACUUUUAAAUGCUUUUAAGAAAACAUCCAUGAAUCUUCAAAACGCGUAACAAGAAUUUUAAGCUUCCAUGUGUCUAGUGGAUUUUACCAAAGGUUGUCAAAACAGAGUUUUUGUGGUCACCUUACCACAUGUGUAAGAUUAAAGAUCAGGUUACAAGACGGUUACAAAAAACACUCCAAGUCAACGCCGUAUCUUCGGAUUUCUGAAAACUGUGCAACGGUCAAUGUUAACUUUUGAUAUGCCGUUUUAAAAUUACGCUAGUUUCUUAGUAACUACAUAUAAUAUUAAAUUUCUUUUACACACAUUCAGAAUAUAAGUCGCAUUUGGUGAAUUUUUUAAAUAUCAUUAUCUUUAUUACAAUAAAAUAUAGCGACUGCAUCUUCAAAAAAUUCAUUCUUUUUCUUAAGAAAUAUAUAAGUCUAUAUAAUAGUAAGUAUAAUAAGUAACCAGACUAUAGUAACAAGUUAAUAAAAACGUAAAUUAAAGAUGAACACAUUACUAACGGUAUUCAAAUCGGCACUCGAACAGCAAUCAGUAAUGAUACCUAAUCAACCCUUAUCUUAGUAAUAUUUUUUAUUUUGUUUUAUUUUAUUUUAUCAUUUUAUUUUAUUAUUCGUUUUAUUUAAUAGUACGAAAUUUGUAACGAAUGCUUGUAUUUAUCUUGGUUAAGCGCUUUAGAGGACUUGUCCCAGGGCGCAAAUAAAUCUAUCUAUCAAUCUACAACUGUUGCAGGAGAGAAGUAAGCAAAUAUUGCCGAUAUAACUUUCGCUCCCAUACACCUUUCUGAUAAGUCUACAAGCCUGCCGAGAUAGCGCAUACUGCAAAGUCCAAAACGAAAUGUUCCGGUUCGGGGAACUUUGCUCGCAUGGCGACUACCUCGAGAGUAUGAUAACUGUUUAAGUCAUCAGGUCGUACAUACAUACAAUAAUGUUAUUGCGUUCAAAGACGCAAUGUACCUCUUUGCGCAGCGCAAGGCGAGUCGUAAAUUACGCUCGUAGAGAUCGUAGCUCACGCGGAGGGGGAGGAUCGGUCCUAUAUUUUUGACAACGUGCCUAGACCGUUCUAUAACAGUCCGAUGUUCCAAAUCAUUAUGGUUCGACUAUUCGUGAGGCGUCGUCUACCGUCAACCUGCCACCGGGGAGACGACGAGCAACGUGCGUUCCUCGUUUCAUCAUCCAUGAAGCCCCCGACCGUUCCGUUUUCGACUGUCGUCGGUCGAAACGACAUACGCCCGGCUGCUCAAAUCGCGCGUCAAGAUUAAAUAUUUCGCGUCAAAUUCUUGUCCUGCCCUGAAUUAUUCUUUCUGAAAUAAUUUUAUUUAGAUCACGUGUUCCAAUAUUAUAUUCAAAACUAUUGUUUGUUAUACUAAUCUCUUUGCAAGUUUCUUUAUCUCGCAAAUCGAUAUUAAUUGCUAGAUAAUAAUCAUUGUUAGUUAACAUUACAUUGCAUACUCUACAUUGUUAUUUAAUUUUUUUAUAAUUAUAUGAUUGGAAUAACAUGUCUUUGAGGGGAACAUUUAUUUCAUAUUUUACUUGUCAUUACACGAGCUUUAUCAUUUUUGCAUUGCAAUGAAAGUACAAUAUAAUACCCGAAGAACAAAUAAGAGAAAUUAAGGGCUUAGAUCUAGAAAUGCUCAAGAAAGGAAGAACCUCGCUUCCUCGCGAGUGAUGUUUCGUGGGUGGCGCAAAAUCGUUCGCGCUGCACAGACGCAGACGCUCGCGAAAAAUCGAAGCGUCGCGCACCGCGGCGCAGCGGACACUGCACGACGUGCAGUGCGAGCGAGGCGACCCUGGAGAGAAUCCGCGGUUCCUCAUCCUGAUGGAAGUAGUGCGCGACUCGUAUGCAUUAUUCGUGACCCUGCGGCGAGGAACUUAGAUCGUUUCCCACCGACAACAUGGCGAACAACACCGCCACGGCAUACCGACGCGAGACUACCAUAUCAGGGUCCGCGAGAGCACCGUUUCCGGUUCUGACCAAGUUCCGCAUCAAUCAAAAAGACGCGAAACACGUUCCCAACCGGAGACUAAGUGACGACUAAGUCCCACCCCUAUCGAUCCCGAUAUGAAUCUCUGAUAGAUGGAACAUUUGCGGAAAGUCUCGAAAGACUUCUCGUGGGAAAUCGAUCUUGUUACUAAGCUUAAGAUUUCUCGAGGAAAUAUUGGGUCAUUAACUCCACCCGGUGAAGAGGACGAGGAGGAAGGCUUACGAAAGGACUUCGUGAAGAACCAGGAGAAGGACGCAAACGCGCACACUUUCGAUCGAAAUGGACAGCAGACCGGUUACAAGCCACGCCGGACUGGUACCACCAGCACCAGCGGCGGCAGUACGAGCGGUUACGCCAGCAGCGGCUCCAGGUCGCACCGCGACGAGAGUACAGGCUCGCCGUCGCAGCCGAAGAUCAUCUUCAACGAGGACGAGUACACGAGGAUCACGACGCCGCGGCAAGAUGUGCUCUUCAAGAAGGGCUACCUCUCGCGCAAGAAGCCCUGGACCGGCAAUGCGAGCACCAGCGCAACGCCAUCGACCACUGAGAGUCAGUCGGCGUCACAUUCCACCGCAGACGGCAGUGAGACUACAGAGGACCAGCAGCUACUGGACAGGGACAGUGGAACGGGAGAAUAUCCGCCCGUGGUAGAGCCAGGAGCGCAACUAGGAUACGGAACGUUUUAUGAUCACGCGAGCGGUUACUACUACGAAUACCCUGUGAUGUUAGUCGGACCUGCACCAGUACCUGCUCAUGUUGGACCAAGCGUUCUAGCAACUGUACCUUGCGGCCCGGUCCCCUUGAGGCCAAUCGAAUGGAUCAACCCUGCCUUCGUGCCUAAACUUGCCAAUCAACCGUAUUGCUUAAUGGAUUAUCAGGCUAGUCAAACUACAGAACCAGUCACCAUAGUGGAGGAGCAGAACGGCACGAUAGCGGCAGCGGAAGCUUCCAACAGCGUGUGGAACGAGAGUGGUACCGGAAGUGCCAGUUGCAGCGGCAGCGUAGCCGGCGAGAACGAGGAACAAGCCGAGGAGGCGGACAAGGCGAUCAUGGAUCAGCAUAAUACCGCGAAGGAACAACUCAUGGAGGAGCAACAUCCGGAACAUCAGUACCUCGAGGGACAGCAGCACUUGGAAAACGGCAUGACGACGGUCGAUCCGUAUCUGGAUCCACUGCUGAUGCAAGAGCCCGUCCACGUGCCGCACGUAAUACCGGCCGUGCCGCAGCCGUACAUGUAUCCCGGUCACUACAUGUUCGGGCCGCCGUUGGUCAACGUCAAUGGUGUUACCAUUCAGGGCGGACCUUUGGUGAGAACCAUGGACGUAACAGCUAUGACAAUGGCGUGCGCCAAGCGAAGAAAGAAGAGAAAGAAAAGAAAACAGAGAAGACCUACUUUGGGUAAUACCGAAGAUGAAGAGGAAGGAGAGUACAGUUCCGAGUGUGAUAAUGAUGCAUCGUCUUCCCGACUAGCUUGGUCAGAAAGCCCGACCUCGACCGCGACUACGACGACUGUCACGACGGCCACGAAUCGGCCGCUCAAUCCUGAAUGCCAGGAAUUCCAGCUACGGCCGCGAAUCCUCUCCAAUCCCACUUCGAUGUCCGUUGUCGAUACUGUGACCGAAGAAGUUGCGUCGUUAGCUAACGACGCAUCAAACCUGUCGUCCUACGAAACGGAACCUUGUGAGACUGGGUCGUGCGAUGUACCAAGUGUUCAAAGUCCAACGAAACAAGAAGCUGCGACGAUCUGCAACUCGGAGGACGUCGCCGCGGAAACGCCAGUGGAGAGUGUUCAGGCGGCGACGGUUGGACGCAAGCCAAAGAACAAGAAUGUCGAACUUAAUGGCCAAACGAAUCAUCUAGUCGCAGAUACGGAGACGAUAGUAACGAGUGAGACAGUGGAAGUAAAGAAGGGAGGUCUGACUGAUCACAAGGCAUCCUCCAAGACUGAUACAACCGACAAGAGCGCUGACGAAUCACCGAUCAGCGCGAAACACGAGCUACUUGAAAGCAACGGCAACGGCAUUGACACCGAUUUGUUGAACAACUGCGUCGAACACCCCGAGGAAGCUUUAACCAACGGCGAGACGGAGCACUUUGUCGACUUAACAGCGAAAGCAAGAUCAGUAAGUCCUCAGGUCAGUACCGCAAACCUUCAUCUAACAACAACAACAACGGAUAUCAGCGAGGGGAAGGAGAAGGAAGAAGAAGAUCAACGGCCACGGCAUUGCAACAGUUCGUCUAUCGCGCGAACAACAACAUCGUUUGGGCCAGCGAGAAAAUACAAUAGUAAGAAGGGCGGGAAAUUCGUGAGGGAACCCACGCCUGGACCAGAUCUGGAUGACACCACGCACCUGGAUCUGGAGAACGGGAAGAUCGUUCAACAAUCGAUGGCCGUCGAACUCUCGGAUGACGAUGUGCGCGCGGUCGCGGAUGUCGCGGACGACAAACUGGGCGAGACCAACCGGAAAGCGAUGGACGACGAGGAGAUGGUAUCGGAGAUACGCGGCAACAUGAAUAACACCACGAUGACAAGUCAAGAUGCGAUCACGAGCUCUAACGAGGAUUCCGGGUUCGAGAGCCAGACCCGCUUAUCGGAAUACCCGAUUACGGCCGCGGUGACGGAGUGGCUGCGCCGAGUGAACUCACCCGAUCUUUUCGUAACGUCAGGCUCAACCUCAGACAGCGAGACGGACGAGGAUGAAGAAGUGAAUGCAAAGCCGCCAAAAAACUUGCAAGGCAACCCCAUGCCUGCACUAUCUGCUAAUAGCGGCGUCGACAACGUAACGUCGUUGUCACGCGCGGCUAGCUGCGGCGAAUUCGCAAAGACCAACAACAACAACAUCAAGAUCGAUCAGGUAGAAGCUGAUUCGACGUCAACAUCGAUCGGCAGGAGACGGAAGGACGCGAAAGGUGUGAAGAGGAAAUCAAAGGCGAAGAGGAUCGAGAAGCGGAACAGGAACGUCGAUGAGAAGACGCAGAGCCAUUUGGUUUCCUGUGAUCGGCUGAGGGACUUGGUCGCUGCCGUGAGAUUGAGGAACACGCUGAAGCACAAUGUUGCUGACGUUUGCGAAUUUACUCAGGAGGAUAGCGUUGCGGGUAUGAGGGUUGCUUUAAGUUCUCGGAUAAACACGAAGAGAGCCAGUGCAAGGCGAGCGAAGACGUUGCGGAGGAUCGGCGGGAAUCCCGUUGAGAAUAUCGAUAUCAAGAUGCGACGUAUAGAUGAUUUAAGCGGGGAGGGGAGCAAGGAAACCAACGGAGGCAGUACGGUGAGCGUGCGGACGUUCGAGAAGGGCGAGAUUAUCGUCUCCAAGGACGGCAAACUGUUACCGACGUCCGCGUACGAGCCUGUUCCGCUUAACGGACAGGGUGAUCCUGACGUGGUGAGGAGCGCCGCUCGCGUCGACGCGAUCGACGAGAACGCGGAGGUGCGCGAGGAGACGAGAAACAGCAGCGAGAACGACGAGAACGGCAGCGUAAUGAUGUCCUCGGUCAGCAUAGAGGAGCCCGACGUGUUGGAGUGCUGGGAAGCGGAGACCAUCGAACCCGUGGUAACUCCGAGGAGGCUGCUGCAGAGCGCGGGGGUGCUGUGCGACGGUGAGGCCGCGGAGGAGGACGACCUCGAGGCCGAGCAGGAGGCCACCAUCGAGCACGUGCAGAAGUACUACAGGUUCGCACGGGACAGCGCUAUCAGCGGGGAACCGAGCGGGCUGAGCACGUCGGUAGUCUCGUCGAGAACAGUGCCAAAUCGAUCCGAGGAGAGGAGACCGAUCGAGUAUUUCUGCUGCGAGGAGAUCCCGGUCCUCGUGCCGGACCGAAAUCGAGACGUCGUCUGCGCAGACGAGAAGAUACCCGUCGACGAGGCGUUCGAGGUUUGCGAGAGCUGCUACACCGGCAAGUCGCCGUUCCUGCCGUUCGAUACGAAGGUGUUCAAGCAGCAGGCGGAGCGGCCGCUGUGCCAACAGAACGGCGAGGGUCCGACACCGUGCAGAGCGGUGUGCUGCAACGUACAGUAAUAAUAUCGAGAAGUCCUUAGACUUCGUAUCUCGUCUCACGAACUCUACAUGUACAAACGGGAGAAUGUAUUAUUAUAAUAUAUUUAAUUAGAAUUCACAUAGAAUCGGUAAAGUGUGGGAUAUAUUAUAAUAAUAUAUUGCUGCGUAGGCGCGCGCGCGCCUGUCAAGGCCACCGUUUGUUUCGAGGCAGGCCAAGACGUUUUCCGAGUAGUACAGUGACGUCAGGGGGCGACAUAAUGACACAAUGACGUUAUUACGCCGCCCUCUUCUGACGUCACCGCGCCACUUGGGCUGUGCUUUUUCCGGUUAUUAUUAUAUAUAUCAUGCACACGUAUACGUACGUGUAGGCACCUCCUCACGAUUAAAAAAAAAGAAGAAAAUAUACCUUGCCCCGUUGGGCGAGCGUUCAAGAAAAUGAAAUAUUCUUUUAGAAAGUCCAGCGACACGCUCAAUGAGGACUGAACGUUACCCUCGAAAGCAUUAUGGACGGCGAUCCAUUUUUGUAAAUAGUUUUAAGAGUUUGCUUGUGAAUCGUAUUUCGUGGAAACUUUCAAAAUUUUAUGUCUGAGAGCAUGCAUUGUAGCGCCAUUCUACGAUAGCAUUUUACCAUUAUAUCAUUGAACAUCGCCGUAACGUCAUUGUUCGCGAUCGGACACGUAAAUGUCGGGCUUUUAUCGGGAACGAGCUUAUCUUACCGAGCUAGUGGGAGGCAGCGCACGUAUCGUUUUCUCCGAAUAUGAGGGAGAAAGUGUGCGUUUUGAGACGAGAGGGAAGUUUUGGAGAUAAGAAAACAAAAAAGAGGGAGAGAGAGAUGAAAGGAACACAUACGAGGAAGCUGUAAAUGUUUGUGGGGCGUAGGAUAUGCCAGGUUGUUAAUUUUGUUUUAAUUCUCGCUACGAUAUCUCGUAACACGGUUUGCCGAAGUGACUAAAAGCAUUAUUUUUACAAUCUAUAUAAAAAAAAAGACACGAAUGUUAAAAGACUAAGAAUGUUAUUGUUGCACGUGAUCACGUUAGGAGGAGAUGGCCUUUGCUUAGGGAAGUACUCGACUGCUCACAAUUUUCAACUCGACAACACACUCGAAGUACCACCCGCGCAUAUUCGUCCGUGAGGUUGCGAUUUUCUUUUUUUCGUUUUUUUUCCUCUGUUCUUUUUCCUUUUUUUAAAAACAAUUCUAGCCAAGAGAGAGAGAGAGAGAGAGAGAGAUGUGUGUAUACCGAGGGAGGAGUUCCGCAGAGUAGACCGUUCAGUAAUAAAAAAUACGUGCUUUUAAGUAGCGAUGCGUAAUCACUCGCAGGAUGUAAUAUCACGUUCUCUCGUAGGAGGUACUAGUUGAAAACGAGCAGCGAUAAGACAGUGAGCUCUAGAUAUAGUAUAUCUUAGCCUAUUAUUAUUGAGAAAUGUAGCGGAAUGUACAUAGAAAGAGAGGAUCGGGAGCUUGCGACGGUCAAGGAACGAAGACGACCUUGCAGAAAUGCGGUAAAAGGAAUCGGUGGAUCGGGAAUCGUCUUGCGGACUCUGUCUCGCAAACCCGCAUCCGUGCACGUGUGUGAUUCGUGUCGCGAGAUGCGAACCCGCUCGAGAGCGGUCGUCGCUCGCGGCCACUUUCGAGAUAUCGCAAUUUGAAAACUAGGCAAUUCGAAUUGUCGCACGUUUUAACGUGGGCGCGGGCGACGGUCUCUCUCCUCAAGCGACGCGAAGGGUAAUAAGGGCGCAUUUCUAGGAGAUCGGGCGAGGCGAUCCCCGUUGCGAAACGAAAAAUCAUGAAGCGAAUGUAAAACCGAAAAUUGUUAUUAUUUUUUUUUUUCUUUUUCUAAUAGAUGUGUCUCGACCGGAAUCGAGCUGAGCGCACCGCAAAGAAAUGCAUAUGUGUACUUACACACGUGUAAGAGCCGCACUUGUUACGAUAUAGUCCACCGCCUUUAGUUGAUUCGUGUCAGAGUAUAGAUCGAGAGUACCUUAGGUUGCAUAUUGCGUAAGUCGAUUGAUAGACAGAAGACAUGGUUCGUGAGGCCAUUAUAUUCAUAUAUCCCAUAUCAUAACGAACACGCGUAACAUACCUCAGAAGAAGAAUAUGUAAAUAAAAUAUCGAUCGUUCUGGCAUUAGCGGCACACGAAAUGAUAAUAAUAAUACUAAUAAUGCAUUAAUAACGAUGAUAACGCGACGAGGUAGCAGCGAUAAAAUGAAACAGUGCUGGCGAGAAAAGAGAAGGAAAGAAAACGGUUGUAAGAGCGGACAUUAGUGAAGCAUCAUGUAAUAUCACACGACAGCGAUAUAUAGACACCACAUUGUUCCUGCAAAGUUCUAGUUUCCUUAAGCAUGAUACGUAUAAAUCAUUUCCAAGAUGGGAUCCGUAGCUCUGAACGAAACGUUCGCAUUCAAAUACACGAAAAUACAUUUAAAGAUAAGUACGAAAUAUAUAUCGUUAUAUUAAAAUGCGCGUUGCAUCAAUUGUGUGCCUUAUUCUGUGGCGGCCGUUUUUGUAACUAUUUCAAAGCACUCUCCUUGAUGAUAGUCGAGUAGCGAGAGAUCGCGAGAUGCGGUUUAAACUUGUUAAAAAUUGAUGAACGAGAGAGAGAGAGAGAGAGAGAGGAAGAAAGAAGCGUUGCGGGGGAAUACCCGCUUUCCGUGAUUAAUGAUUCUUAUCAGUGCAUGCGUGCAUAAGUACAUGCGAACGCGGGCUCGUUUGAUUCCUUUUUAUUGAGAUUGUCAACCUCCAUUUAACGAAUCGUCGGCAUUAUUCAUAAAGACAUUUAAAAGCGUUGCAUCUUACACGAGUCAUGUUACUGUACAAUUAUAUUUUAGUUGAAGUUAACAUGUAUGGAAUAAGUGUACUUGAAUUUUGUUGUGUUUUUGCUUAUAAAAAUAUGGAAUAAAAUGUUUCAAUUACAA